UUUCAUUCAACCUUAUCCUCUCAUUUCAUUUACCAACCCUCAAUUAUGCAUACAUUCAAGUGCUUUCAUCCAUCUUUCUCCCUGUCUUUCUGUAAUAACUAUCACAGAUUUUCAGGCCCAUGUUUCAAUCAAGUUCCUCAGAUGAUUAAUCGGCAAAACCCCAGCUUUCUGCAUCAUCUUCCGCUCAUAUCCAGUGCUAGACACAGAGCCACCAUGUAAGUUUUCACUAAUAAUCGCUUCUCUUCUUUCCCUUUUCUGUAUAUUCAUAUCUUCUCUGUCUCAACUCAUGGCUGGGUCAAAGGGUGAUGAGAGCAGGAGACAAUAAUGAACCAGAAACUCCUGCUUCAGCUAAAUCCUCAAACUUUCCAUGGAAAAAGUGGAUGGUGGCAAUAAUUUUUUCCUUGAUUCUACCUUGUUUCAAAUACAGGAGCAAAUGGGGACCCCUGCUUGCCCUUAAGAGUCAAGUGGAUGAAACCAUAGAAACGGCAGAUUUGGUGAGAGAAGUGGUGGAACAGGUGGCUGACCAAGUAGCAAAGGUGAGUGAUGAGGCGGCAGAUAAGCUUCCGGAUGAUACAAUGCUCAAGGAAGCCGUAGAAUCAGUUCAAAAUCUUGCUGAAGAAACAGCGACAAAGGCAGAACAAGCUGAAGAACUCAUUGACAAGGUAGAGGAGACGGUGAAAGAGGCAGAGAGGACGAUUAUUGGCCCAGACUUGCCUCAAGCAAAGGUUGAUAACCCAAGGAAUUCUAUUGAGUGAAAUGUAUACGUGGACUUCUUUCUAAGGUUCUCAAAAGGCCUUUGUCCUUCUAUGGAAAAUAAAAUGUCUCGGACUUGAGUCAUGGUCAUAGGGUGAUAUUGAGUGAAAGAUUUGAAGAAAAUUUUCGUGUAUUGUUGCAAACCAGAUUGGAUCUUAAACAUUUUUUGCAAAUUUGAAUUCUUGAAUGUAUCUAUAUUAUAAAAUAGGCUUCUGAAUUCGGCUUUUAGGGAUCAUACCAGGUUGAGCAAUAAAAAUUUGUAGUACUA